AACAUGCUGCGGAAGCACCUGUGGCUCAUUUUGCUCAGACCUGACGGACGGGACAGACCGAAAAUUUAACAGUCUCACUUCGUCUUUAGCCUACUACUACCAAAAACCUAACAGCACCAGGGUGCAUCAGUCAAUCCCCAUGUCUACUGACCAGGAGAGCUGCCAUCUGUGUAAGGAAGACCUGAGGGACCCAGUCUCCAUUCCGUGCGGCCACAUCUUCUGCUCCAUCUGCCUGAAGACCUACUGGGACCACGCUGACCACACCGGUUCCUACAACUGCCCACGUUGUCGGGUCACCUACAACAAGAGACCCACCCCACGCCGCCUCCAGACCUCCCGCUCCUCCUCACACUCAACUCACUCCCAACUCAGGAUGUCUGAGACCUACCCUCCUCCACCUCCAGACCCAGACUACAAUUACGCUGGACCACAAGAUGUGGGAUGUGAUAUCUGUAUUGGGAAGAAGCACAAAGCCAUCAAGACAUGCCUGAUGUGCCUGGCAUCCUACUGUGAGAGGCAUCUAAAGCCCCACUAUGAGAACCCUGGCUUCAAGAGGCACAAGCUGGUGGAUGAGAUCGGCCAUCUGGACAGACAGAUUUGCCCCCAGCAUCAGAAGGGUCUGGAGCUCUUCUGCAAGACGGACCAGAUGUGUAUCUGUGUUCUGUGCACCGUGAAGGAGCACAAAGGUCACGACAUGGUAUCUGCCGAACAGGAGAGAUCAGAAGAACAGCAACGUCUGGGUGCCACCCAGGCAGAGAUCCAGGAGAGGAUCCAUGAGAGGCUUAAGCAGAUGGAGGAGCUGAAACAAGCUGUGGAUUCACUCAAGAGCUCAGCCCAGAGGGCUAUGCAGGAGUGUGAGAAGUUGUUUGGCGACAUGAUGCGUUCCAUCGAGAGGAUGCAACAGGAAAUGACCAAGCUAAUCUCCUCCAAUAAGAGGGCAGCACUGAACAACGCUGAGGGUCACCUAGAGCGUCUGACCCACGAGAUCGCUGACCUCAAGAAGCGAGACAACGAGAUCACACAGCUGUCACGCACAGAGGACCACAUCCACUUUAUCCAGAGCUACCACAUGCUAAUCGCUCAGACGGAGGCUGAGGAGCUGCCCACAGUCUCAGUGAACCCCUACUUCUCCUUCGGACCCGUCACCAAGGCUGUCUCUGAGAUGAAGGUCCAUCUCCAUGACAUCAGCAAUGAGGAGCUGGUCAAAGUGGCCAAGACUGUGAACAAAAUGCCUUUCUGCCAACUGGAUGAAGCCAAAAGGAGAAAUACUGUGAAAGCCGAUGCAGUUGUUGCCGUGUACAAGUCUCCAAGCCAGGAGCCCCAGCACAGAGAGGACUUCCUGAAAUAUGCCUGCGUUCUCACCCUGGACCCCAACACAGCCUACCGCCAGCUAUACCUGUCUAGAGGCAACAGGAAGGCAGCCCUGAAGAGAGAACCACAGGACUACGCUGACAGUGCCUCCAGGUUCGACUGCCUGCCCCAGGUCCUCUGCAAAGAGUCCCUGUCUGGAGGUGCCUACUACUGGGAGGUGGAAUGGAGUGGAGAGGGUGCCUCCGUGGGCGUCACCUACAAGGGCAUCAAGAGAGUAGGCUACGGGGACAGCUGCCGCAUCGGCUACAACCGCAAGUCCUGGAGCCUCUUCUGCUCUGAUUCCAGCUAUUCCGCCCGAUAUGGUAAAGACCAGGUGGAAAUCAAUGCACCCUACUCCUCCAGGAUAGGGGUCUUCCUGGACCACUCAGCAGGCACCCUCUCGUUCUACACUGUGGGGGACACCAUGUCUCUCAUACACCGCUUCAAGGCCUCCUUUGCUGAGCCUGUCUACCCAGGCUUUUGGGUCUGGUAUGAGUCAGCGGUCACCAUCCGUCAGCUGUCAUAAUAUUAUAUUACCUAUGAUUAAAUUAUGAUUGUCUAUGUAUCGAUCAUCAUACGUAUUGUGAUUCAAGUAAUAUAACUGCAUUUGUAAUUUGACUCGUUUAGUAUCCCCUUUUCUCAAAUUGUACUAUUUAAAUUGAUGUUUUACUUUGUUCUAUUGAGGUUUGAAUUAAUGUCUUAUACUGUAUAUAAAUCAUCAAAUAGAGAUAGAUAUCUCUGACCAAUUGGGUUGGGUGAGUAAAGGAAUAAACAUGAUAUCUAUAAUGUUUUCAUAAUCAUGAAGGCUCUACUUUAGAAUAGACUGAUGUGUCAACUAAUAUAUUUGAUAAAUGAAUAUACUCUAUGGAUCAGAUGAAUAAAAUACACCUGAAGUUGUAUAUAAAUGUAUCACACAGAGAAACUGGAAUGUGUAAUACAAGUUUAUUUUAUAUUAAUAUAGUAUUUCUGUCACGUGUGCAUUGAACCCAAUAAUUGAUUUGGAAUAAUUGUAAUAGGCACUGUAAAGCUAGGAUGACCCUUAAUGCCAUAAUGGAAGACCUGGAAGAAAGGUCUUUAUAUAAAAUGUUUUCCAUAAGGGCCGGCCAUUGGUGGAAUAGCCGACUCACUGUAAACCGGCUACUUUUUCCGCUUCAUAAAUUUUCAUUGAAGUUUCAAUUCGAUAGUCAGUAUAGCCUUCUUCCGCUAAAAUGAACGAUAUGCAUCUUCUAGUGAUAGGACAGGGGCCUGUCCGCCACAAAGCGAGAAAUAAAAAUAGGUUAUUUUAAUUGCCUUCGUUUUUAUUGAUCUAAUAUAUUACAUACUUUUGUUCACUUUCUAGCAUUCAAAAUAAUAGAUACUGGCUGCAGUUCAAACACGUCAUUUUUACCCCCUCAGCCCUUGCGCUAGCCACUUUCCCUCUGGGGAAUCCCCGUCGAAACCGGAUGCAGUUUGAUUGCCAUCUUAAGUAGAAGUCCAAUUCACUAACGUUGCCCCCUCGGCCCUCAAUUUAGCUUGAGGGAGCGGGUGAACAACUUUGGUCACUUGCAGGGUUGAUAUGACACACAAUUCAAUGCAAACUGUAGUCACAUGUCAAACUCUUGUGCCCGCGAAGUGUCAAAUUGAAUCAACAAGGCUGCAUUUUCGGCAUGUCAGGAAAAAAUAUGAAGCUAGCUUGCUAACGUAGCUAGAUUCAUAAACAUAUUUUUUGGAAUUCUGAAAUUUAUUGGAAUAAAUGACUAAACUAUAAAACUAGCUAGCCAGCUAUGGGUAACUGUAGCUAGCUACCCGACAGGAGUGCUAGCUAGAUAUGUUAGCUUACUAGACAUAUUUUUUAAAGCUCAACUUCAAGAUUUCCACCAAGGUCAUUGCCUCUACAAUCAUCACUCUCCCUCGCUUGGGCAAGGGACAUUUAAGGUACACUCGGAUGUGACGAUGUAAAACGUCAUUCAAGGGCUGAGGGUUUAGGGCCGAGGGCUGUCUAUUUUGAGUUUGAAACACAGCCACUGUAUAUAUGUCUAAAUCCCCAAAACAUGUCACUCCAACUCAAUACAUCACUACUGGGACAAGUCAAUUUUCUUACCCUUAGUACAUUAAACAAUGCAUAAACAAAGUUUUGCAGUAUAAACCCAUUGGGGGAAAAAUAUAUAUUUAAAUAUACUUAAAUCAUACUUCAUCAACAUAUUUAAUUAUAUUUAAAAUUAUCUAAAUUGGAAGAAUUUAAAUACAUUUAAUGCAUUUAAUGUACAUUUUAUUUGAAUUUUAUUAGCGUUUUAAAGUAUAUUAAAUACAUUUAAAAUUAUCGGAAUAUGAACUUUUUUUGUACUUUUGUAUAUUCUUAGUAUAUUAGACAAAGAGCAAAACAAAUAUACUUUGAAUACAUCUUAAAUACAUUGUACGUAUAUUUGUCAAAAAUUUGAAAUAUACUAAAAUUGUAUUUAUAGUCUCCUCACUACAAGACUUAGCAAAUACACUUCUACUCAUUAACUACAUUAGCUAUUGUAAUAAUAAUCUUCUCAGCCGAUGUUAACAUUCUAUUUUUAUUCUGCAUAUUUGUAUUAUUCUUUUCACUCAGUCAUUUAAAUCAUUAUUGAGGAGUUACUACAAUGUUGUUGAUCCAACCUCAGUUUUCUCCUAUUACAGCCAUUUAACGCUGUAACUGUUUUACAAUCACCAAUGGCUUCAUGGUAACGCCCCUAUGCAGUUUCAUUCCUGUCCUGCAGCUCAUUUCAGAAGGAUGACUGUAUCUUUGAUAUGUCUGGGUGGUGUAAUACAUAAUCCACAGCAUAAUUAUUCACUUGACCAUGCUUACAGAGAUAUUCAAUGUCUGAUUUGAUAUUGUUACCAUCAAUCACUGACCUUUUAUGAGGCAUUCAAAAGGCCCUCCGGUCUUUGUCAUUGAAUCUGUGCUUGAAAAUCAAUACUUGUCUGAAAAAAAAUCAUGUCAACCCCUAUUACUUCACACAUAGUCCAUGUAGCAUAUUAUGUGAUUUGUUAAGCCACAUUUUACUCAUUUAGGCUUGCUGUAACAAAGGGGCUGAAUUCGUAUUCAAUGGCUAUAUUUUAGUUAUCUAAUUUGUAUUAUUAAUUUUUUACUUUGACAUUACAGAGUACUUUGAGUUCAUUGUUGACAACAAAUUACAAUUAAAUCCAUUUUAAUCCCA